AGACACUCUGAAACACUGGUUUAAAAUGGCUUCCCAACUGGAAAGUGCAAUGGAGAGUCUCAUCAGGGUGUUCCACAACUACUCCUGCCAGGAGGGAGACAAGUACAAGCUGAGCAACGUGGAGCUGAAGAGUUUGUUACAAAAUGAGCUUGGAGACUUCCUUGCAGGUUCUAAAGAUCCCUUGCUAGUGGAAAAGAUCAUGAAUGACCUGGAUAAGGACCAUGAUGGUGAAGUGGAUUUCAAGGAAUUUGUUAUACUGGUGGCAACACUGACUGUUGCAUGUAAUGAGUUUUUUGAAGACUGUUCUAAGAAUUGACAUUCAUCAAUAAACCCUGUGCAAAAAUGUGGAGAAUUUGAUGUCUGAGUCUGUUAUACUUCAAGCUAGUGAAAACCUUAAUUGGAGAAAGUGGGAUCAAGCUGUAAUCAUAGGUAUCAAGUUUAAUCCCCCUCAAUAUGUAGGUGCCAUACUUUCUAGCAGCAUGGUGGCACAGUGAGAAGUACUGUUGCUCACUCCACCUGUGUGGUGCGAAAGGAUGUGGGUUUGAUCCUUGCUCAGUCUGUAGGGAGUUUACAUGUUCUCCCCCUGUCUGUGUGGGGUUCCAUGGGAUGAUCUGGUUUCCUCCAUAGUUCUAACAUGCUAUGCAGGGGGAUUGGGGAAGGGAUGUGACUCUUAAGUAGUGUAUCUCACAUUAAGUCACCUUGAGUGAAUAAGAUGUGGGCUGAUAUUACUACAUAAUGUUCAUUGGAAGCUGCUUUGCAGAAAAGUGUCAAUUUAGUUUGGACUACCAACUUGUCAUGUGUACUAGCCCGUGUAUGUGGAAUAUCACCUGACUAAAAAUGUCUUUAAACUGUAGUGCUGGCUUUUCCAAGAGCAAUGGGCAGCAGCAGGGAGGGGUUUUUUUUUUUUUUUUUGUGUGUAGCAUUAGUUUCUUCAGCCUAAAACAGGGAAUACUGUGGCGGUACUCCAUUGAGGGAGUCUACAUUGAUGCAAUGGCACUUGACACCUUAAUUGGAUUCUUCUGGCUGCCCCCCCGAUUUGAAUGUUAGGAUUGCUGGAUUUAUCUCAAGUGUAAUUAAGUGUUCUGAGACAACGUGUUGUGAAGGGUGUUAUAUGCUUGUUGGGUUCUUACCCUGAAGAGAUGUAGUAAAGUACCUCAAAUACUAAAAUUACUGUGAGUAAUGGUACCAAUUAAGAUGCUUCCAUUCCAUGACCACCAGAGGGAUGGGAUGACAAGUGAUGUACCCAAACCUUUGGAAUUAUGUGAAAUGUUUAUACUUUGAACCACUCAUUCUGCAUUCAGUAAAACUCCCAGCUGAAUCUCAGCCCUGUACCAACUUACAUUUACUAAACCUCAAAGGAAAAUCCAUUUAUACAAUGUCAUGACAACUGUACACAAUUCUGGGCAGUUCAACCCAAGCCUGACUCUUAAUAUCAUGAUUUACACCCCUCCCCCACAGAUACCACCCCAAAAACAGGGUCAGAGUACAAAAAAAAAAAAAAAAA